AUGCACCUCACCCCAUUCCUCUUCGUGGCAUCCGCCACAGCCCUUCCCGCCAUUUUCCGCUCCCGAGCAACUCUUGCAGACGCCCUCCUGCCCGAAAUAUCCCUCCCAAUCGACUACUCUUUCGGCGUGCGGGUACCAACAUCUUCCAACCCGUCAUCAUCUAACCCUCUGGCACUCCUUGUGAACGGUUACACUGUCAAAAUCCCACUCAUCGCCAGUUCAGGCACUCUCGUCUCAUGGAUAGCCAACUACGCAGACGGAAAGGCAUACAACACCCAAUUCACCUCCAUCAACCCCUCGGCGCCUAGGAACAUCACUACGGACUCCGACUCCACCUCGCAGCAAGGUGGAAACAGUGUCUCAAACGCCACAGCACUGGCAGACGGACGACAAGCUCGCGUAAUCACGACAUCUUUCUCCUCAGGCAACGCCGCAUCCGCCGCAGCCGCCGCCCUCGACGGCACAAACUCAGAUUCCACGUCCUCAUCCGGCGCCGCAAACAGCACGGCAGUCGCUACAACCAAUGCCCUAGGCGAAGUCCUCAUCUUCACCUCCGCCAACACCGCCAACGCCCUAAACUCGCAAUCGAUCAAGAACGCCAAAGGCGCUGAAGCAGCCUCAUCAUGCGCCGCCGACUCCGGGCCUGCUGCAUCCGCGCAAGCAGAGCAAGUUAACAGCCUUUACAUUCCCAUUGGCACCUCUUCAGACGGCAAGGAAACGCAAUGGCUGAAGAGCUCGGCUUAUGCGGCGUGUGCGGCGGGUGUUGAUUCGCCGAAUCAGGGAGGUAGUUCGAGUUCGGGGAGUCAGUCUAGUUUGACGGGCGUGAAGAGUAGUGUUACUUGUAACGGGGCGACGAGUACAGAUCAGACGAAGAGCACGACGUAUAAGGUUAGUGUUAAGGGGAGGUAUACGCUGUUGAAGGGGUUUAAUGGUGCGGUUGGUGGGCAGAGGGUUGCGGAUAGUAAGAGUCAGUGUUAG